AUGCCGCUACGAGGAUGGCAUCCAUCCUAUCCACCUCCACCUACUGGUCCACCAGCAACUCUCCCGGGGGCUCCAGUACACCCAGAAAUCCAAACAAGUGUGACCUUUUUUCACCAAUAUCAGCUUUUUGCUGCCGAAUUCCAGAAAAACACACCUCUAGGCAUACCUAUUCCAUCCAUACAGCAGUUCGCAGAGUUCCAGGGCAUGCUCUCAGGUCAUAUUCCUCAUCAACAACCCCUCGCAGCCCCUGCAGUCCCAGCAAUUCAACCUCAUCUUGACAUGCAAGCGGACAUUGCUCAGCUGCGUAGAGAACUACAGGAGAUGAAGGAUAAAGCAGGUAGACAGCAUGAAGAGAACGAAGGGACAGAUAGCGAGAGUGACGCACCUGUUACAAAGCGUCGCAGAAAGACAUGCAAGUCUGUCACAGCCAAGAGGAUCUUGAGCCUUGAGAAGGGGAAUCUGUCGAAAAGGCAAGCGGAAGUGCGUGAAGAGCUUCAGGAAGCAGUCAUUGGACAUUUAAAGACACUCACUGGCCUUCGUCGCAAUCCUUUUCCAUUGCAAGGAGACGUCAAUGAUGAGAAUGAUGAUGUUGAUGGUUCGGCGCAGGAUAAGCCGAGCAUGGAAUUCAAUUUUGAUGAGACUGUGACAUAUGAAGAGAACGCCGCGAUCAUUCGUCACAUUGCAGAUUUAGUGUACAAGGAACAGACGAAUGAUGUUUCACGCACGAUAACGCAUCCUGAUGUCAAUUUCACGAAGCGCGACUUAGAAGAAUUCGCUAAGACACGCUUUCGCACCUGGAAGAGGGCUUACCAAGCACAAAAAGAUGAACUCAAGAAAGCGGCGCAGUUGGCAAACCAGGCACGCAAUAGACGGCGUAGACGGCAGGAACAGCUCAAACAACUGCGUGGUACAGCUGUCAAGGCGUACCAGAAGAGGUUCAAGGUUGACCCAAGUCCAGUCCUUCUCACCGACUGGAUGAGCGAGGCAUGCAGUGACUGGAGUGACGAAGAAGAAGCUCGAGAUGUUCAUCGACAGCUGCUUGCCACAAAGGCUGGACUCACCCAGGAGGAAAUUGAGGAAGGCGUUAAGGUACUUGAGCGGCGCUCGCUGGCUUGGCGGUCUGGUCAGCUGUGCAGCGUGCUUGCGAAGCUCGAUCAGAUUGUGCAAACGAAGCGCAAGGGACAGGGAAAUGCACCAAUCAAGAUGAAACGUGUUGACCUCCAGCGACCAUGCACAGGGGUACCACCCAGCAAGAUCUAUCCAUUCGCAAUCAGCAUGGCAUGGGUAAAGGAACAUCCAGAACUUAUGGAUGAGGUUAGGAUGUUCAAGAAGAAUCCACCUGGCUUUGAAGACGAGCCUACUGAUGUUGAGAUAUCCUCAUCAUCUUCGUCUUCAUCAUCAGAACGAGAGGAGCAGGAGGAGGGUGAAGAUGUUAACAGCGAACACAUGAACAAUGAGCGUGAGGGCGUAGACAGUGAGGUUGAGGGCCUCUAUCAUGAUGGUAAGAUUUCUAUGUAA